CAUAGUCCUCCUCCAAACGUUAUCAUGUUAUGUCUCAUUCAGCAUAACGGGUAAACAUUUUCGUUUCUAUUUCAAAAACAAUAUCAUAAAUAAUCAACUCAUUGAAUACAAUGACAUCUUAUCAUCAACCAACAAGUAGUGAUUUGAUUUCCCUUAGUCCCUAAGAUAUCAAAAGCCCACAAACCUACUCUUUUUCAUUUUCCUUUUAUGAUAUAUAUGCUCAUGUUAUCUUCUCUUUCUCUUUCCCUUUAUCAUCAACUUCAAAAUCUACUUGAUCAAACAUAAACGUUUUCCGUUUACCGACCGUUAACUCCCAAACAAAAUGGACCCCACCACCGUCACUUCACACCCUUACUAAUUACCUCACACCACCACAUUCCCACACCUCAAUUAACAUGACUCACCACCAACCACCACCGCACCACCGGCAACACACCGAACCACCACCUCCACCACCGCAUUUGUCAAACAGCCAGCUCAAUCACCAGCCACCACCACCACCGCCUCCGUUGCAAAACCACCACUACCACACCGAAUCGCCACCGAAUCGACACCGUAACUACUACCAGCACUACCACCCGCACACCUCCACCUCCUCCGCCGCCUCGAUCCGCGGCUGCUGCUGCUGCCUAAUCCUCCUCUUCUCCUUCCUUUUCCUGCUAACCCUAACCGUUGUCCUCGUCAUCGUCCUCGCCGUAAAACCUAAAAAACCUCAAUUCGAGCUUCAACAAGUCGCCGUUGAAUACAUCAACCUCGCCGCUCCGGUCGCCACCACCGCCUCUCUCUCUCUAGCCAUACGGUUACUAUUCACAGCCAAAAACGACAACACAGUGGGAAUCAAGUACGGCACAUCCACAUUCAACAUCAUGUACCGCGGUAUUCCGUUAGGUCGGGGCUCCGUACCCGGUUUUUUUCAACCCGCACACAGUGUACGGCAGGUUCAGACAACUGUGACCGUAGAUCGAGUGAAUUUGAUGCAGACUGAUGCUGCAGAUCUGGUGAAAGAUGCUCUGGUUAACGAUCGGGUUGAGUUACGGAUUCUUGGUGAUAUUAGUGCUGAGAUUCGGAUCCUAGGGCUGACGUCACCGUCUGUGCAGGCGUCUGUUGAUUGUGGUAUAGCCAUAAGUCCGACGAAACAAGCUUUGGUUUCCAAACAGUGUGGAUUUGAUGGUUUGCAGGUGUAGACUGUAGAUGAUGAUGAUGAGCAAUUUGGUUUAAGUGUUUGAUGAUGAUGCGGUUUUGAAGAUGAACAAUUGUUUAUAUCAUUGAAAACAGUUUGAUAAACCUAUUGAGUAUACGUAUAAUUCUUUUUUUUUUUUUAACGGCGUACCUCUAGGAUGUCGCUAACCGGGUUAAUAGCUAGUAUGUAGUAUCCGGAGGGGCCUUGUCCAAGUUUCGGUCCAAAAAACGCAUUUUAGUGAGUUACGAGAACUUUUAUAUUUUUUUCAUGUUUUAAGCAUUUUGUUUUUGGGCUUGUGUUUGGCCCAUAACCUUUUUA